AUGGCGCGUCUGAACACAAGACCAUCGACCGUCGUGGGUGCAAAUAACUCGGUUCGAGGAACGCCGGCUUUGGACAACUCGUCAGAUCAAGAAAACGAGGAACCGCAAUCGCAACCACAACGACGCGGCAAAGGCAAAGGACGAGCAUCAGAUCUGUCGGCUCGCAGCUCAUUACCUAUGCCGGGCUCAGAUACACGAGAUACGGCGCGUGGGCAGAAGCGGAAACGCGCUGAACCGCAACCCGCGACUAAGGCCGACGACAUAGACUCCGACGGCGAAGUCCCACAGGCGCCAGAAGACGAGGAAAAGUUCAAUCGCUACUACAACCCGGCGCAGGAUCCAGAACAACGACGGCAAGUGAAGCGGAAGUCGCGCGCCCUCGAAAGGGAAUUCAACGAAAAGCGUGAUGAGCUACUCAAGGGCGAUGGCAAAGAGCUCUCCGAGACGAUCAAUCGCGCGAAUAAUGUCUUCAAGAACGUGAAGCAGACCAACGAUGCGACAGUCGAUUCUAGGUUGUUCGUCAGUCUGUCGAGCGUAGCCGCGAAAAGGUCCUCCAAUCUGGUGCUCGGCGAUACCGAGACUGGCCUUGAUAUCGACGUCUUUGUGUCCAGAGCUUGCUAUUACAUGCAGCACGGUGCCGCAAUGAAUGCUGAAGACGGUGCAGCUUCCACACAAAGACAAACUCAACGACGGAGACCGCAAGCCGAGCGUGACGAGAGCGACGACGAUUCGGGAGAGCCGUUUGACUGGGAAAUGUUUGGUAGACAUGCCUGCUUUCCGUAUGUGAAACGACCAGCGUGUCCCUCGUUUCUUUUAGGCCCACUGUCUGCAGAGAAGAAGGUCCGAAAGCAGACACAACGAACCGCGCGACAAACGCAGGACAAGAACGUGCGCGAAACCAGGCCUGAAGCACUCACAAGAGCUGAGCUGUCGCAAUCGGACGAGAAUGGACUCACUGCAAUAUGCACGCGGAUACACAAACAUAUCACGAAGCACAUUGACGAAGUCGAUGCAGAGAUGAGGAGUACAUUUAGCUCCGAACAAGAGAUUGAAUCAGCAGAAGGCAAGAGGUGGAUGAAAGAGCGACGUAUGAGCAUACGUGGCGGACCAUCGCUAUUUGACUAUACACUCAACCCAACCAGCUUUGGCCAGACCGUGGAAAACCUGUUCUACAUAUCUUUCCUCAUCAAGGAAGGCCGCCUUGGGCUUGUAUAUGACGAGGACCGCCUACCUAUACUAAUCGCCACAGCGCCAAGUGAUUCUCGAGAGGCACGAGAGGAUGACGCCGCUGCACCAAGCAAGAAGACUAAAAUCGGGCAUAAACAUCAGGCAGUUUUCUCACUCGAUUACGGCACUUGGGAAAAGCUGGUGGAAGCAUUUGACGUGACUGAACCUAUGAUACCUCACAGGGAUGAGACCGAGGGACAAGUCGUUGGGGAUCGUGGAUGGUACACCUGA